AUGCAGAUCUUGUUGUUGGCUUUGCUUGGCCUGAUGCCUUUUGGGGUGAUUGCCCAAGAGGUCUUCGAGCCCGCAGACUUCAAUGUCAAGGAGGCACUUUUGAAGAAUGGCGUUGAUGUGGCGGAUCUGCCGGAGCUUUCGCAGCUUGGAAAACGAUCUUCAAUGAGCCGUUGCGAAGUUGCUAUUUUCGACAAUGAUAAGGUUGCAAUUCGAGAAGACAACUCUUACGAGGCAUUUACCAGCCCCUUCUGGUCCGCACAACAGCAAGCGACUACACCACAAUGCAUAUUCAAGCCUGAGACAGCAGUCGAUGUCUCUACUCUCGUGCUCUUAUCGAGACUGACGCAAUGUCCUUUUGCUGUAAGAAGCGGGGGGCAUGCUGCAUUCGCUAGCGCCUCAAAUAUUCAGGGUGGCAUUACGGUCAACUUUGAGAAGAUGAAAGACAUCACGUUGUCAGAAGACAAGAAGGUUGCCGCCAUCCAACCCGGGAACAGGUGGGGUGAGAUCUACAGCAACCUCGAAAGUCACAAUCUCGCCGUAGUAGGUGGCCGUAUUUCUGACGUCGGGAUUGGUGGCUUGACAACUGGUGGUGGCAUCUCCUUCUUUGCAAACCAGUAUGGUUGGACAUGCGACAACGUAGACUCCUACGAAGUCGUUACGGCAUCUGGGCAGAUCGUAACUGUAUCACCCACGUCCUUUCCUGAUCUCUACUUUGCGCUCCGCGGCGGCGGCAACAGCUUUGCCAUCGUCACCAAGUUCAACUUGGAGACCUUUUCUCAUGGGCCUUUGAUGUUUGGCGGCCAUCUUCACUAUGACAACACGAGCUUUCCAGCUCUCUUCGAUGCCCUGGUCAAGCUUGGUGAAAGCUCAGCCGACGAUACCAAAGCCACACAAAUGAUCUCCCUCGUAUUCAACGCUACCACUGGUACUCAAAUGGCCAUCGCGGAACUGGAAUACGCGGAUCCUGUUGCCGAGCCGGCAUUUUUUGAGCCAUAUAGACAAAUUCCGGCGAUCUACGACACGACGAAGCUCGACACGCUUGCGAACAUCACGCAAGUCCUUAACAGCCAAAACCCCAAUGGUUACAGAGAGAGCUAUUGGACGGCAUCGGCUAAGCUUGAUCGAGGAAUUGUCCAAUUCGUGUACGACGUCUCUAAGGAGGAAUUCGCCAAGAUCACCGACGUACAAGGCAUUGUACCAGCAACCACAUUGCAGAUUAUCACUGUACCACAAAUGGAGCAGAUGCAAAAGAAAGGAGGAAAUGCCUUGGGCCUCGACUCAUCAGAUGGGCCCAUCUUGAACAUCCUUUUGACACUGAUGUGGGUCAAUAGUAAGGACGAUGCGCGCGUGUGGCAGGCGUGUGCAAACAUAUUGAAGAGAAUAGAAGAAGAGGCCAAGAGCAGAGAUUUGGCGAAUGAGUAUCUGUACAUGAACUACGCAAGUCAGUUUCAGGAUGUCAUUAGAGGCUAUGGGGCUAGCAAAGAGAUUUUGAAGAUUGUGGCAGAUAAGUAUGAUCCGACUCAAGUGUUUCAGAAGUUGCAGCCUGGGUACUUCAAGCUUGAUGGACCGCCGGCGGUAUUGCCCUAA